AUGUCCGCCAAAGAUGAACCCUCGGAUGAGGAAAUGCGCAAGCUCCUCCUCCCAAAUCCAUCGGAUGACCAACUGAUUGCAGCCGUGCAAAAGAGCUUUGCCAAGCCAGGGCAGAAGGUGUCGAUAGUCAAGAAACUAGAAUCUUAUGACGACAAGAACUUCUGGGUGGAUAUUGAUGGAACAUAUUAUUUGGCAAAAUGCCACAAUGGAGUCGAGAGCCGUGAUUUCAUCAAGCUCUGGAAGGAGGAAUCCGCACAUGAAAAGUCAGUAAUUCAUAUGCAAACCACCAUCAUGAAGCAUUUGAAUGAAAAUGGAGUCACUACCUCGAAUCCACUUUCCCCCAUCUUGGAUACGGAACUGCCCAUUCCGGCCAGUAUUCACGAAAUGCCAGUGCAUUCCGAGUCCCAUAGUCCCUGCGAGCUUGUGUUACGAUUGUUUUCAUGGGUUCCAGGACGGACCAUGAACUCGGUCAAGAUGUUGCCGUUGGAAGCAUUGGUCGAUGCCGGCCGAUAUUUGGGAAAACUUAGUGUGGCUCUGAGCUCGAUUGACACUUCCAAGUUGGCUGCUUGCAAGCGGUAUCAUCAAUGGGAUGGAAAGAAUACAAAAGAUCUCAAGGAUUUUGUUCAAUAUGUGGAUGACCCCACUCGAAAAUCCAUGGUGGAGAGUGUGAUUGCAGCCUUUGAAGAGCAACUUAUUGACAGCAAAGAUUCAGAGAAACUUCCAGUGGGUUUGAUCCAUUCCGAUUUCAAUGAUGCCAAUAUGCUGCUGGAUGAGAAUUGCUGUGUAUCGGGUGUGAUUGAUUUUGGAGACACUGUGGAAAGCUGGAAAGUAUUGGAUCUCUCCGUUGCCAUGGCGUAUGCAAUGCUGACCUCGUAUGGAAACAUGAACCGAGGUAUUUCGGCUGCCGCUGCCUUUUUGCGAGGAUACAGCUCUGUCUGUACUUUAACAGCAGAGGAGAGACAACAUCUUGUCCUCCUGAUUGCUUGCCGACUAUCCUGCUCUGUCACUCUUGGUGCGUAUUCCUACAAACAGUCACCUGAGAACGACUACUUGCUGCUGCAUGCCAAGCCUGGCUGGGAUGCUUUGGGCACGAUUUGGGGAACUGACGUGGAAAAGCGAAAGGAAAUGAGAUCCACAUUGGACAAGGUCUUUGAACAAGCUUGCUCCACCAAGAAGGGAGAAACGGGCGUGAUUGAUUGCUCAGACCUCUCCUUUCCAGACCCGCAAGUAGUUGACCCGUUUGGGGAAAUGAGGGCAAAAUCGUCCAACAAGCGACAAAGAAACAACUAG